CGUAAAACGCGCACGAUCGACUUAAUGAACGCAAGCAAACCAGCGUGGUAACUUUCAUCUGCGUGGGAGAGCCUUAAACUUGUCCUUGCUUUGUUCCUUACUGGAAACAGCUAACGAUCGUAGCGAGAGAUCGUUCAUCGGCUACCGAGCACGUUGUUAACCGUCCGGAAUGUCAAGAUCGCGAUCACGGCUAUGGCCAGCAGGAGAUCGCCUUACCGUCUACAAUACUUGUCAAACUUUCUCGUUUCUCGAGGAUGCGAACCAAAUGGUAGGCUAUUAUGUUAAAUGAAAAACUUUUUACGUACAUACAUUUAUUAUAAAUAUUACAUGCGACCGAUCGUUCUUUGAUUUUGUCGAUGUCGUUGUAUACGUUUAUCGCAAUCCGUAUGCAUUAGGCAAUGCCCUACGUACUCGAUUUCCUGCUGCAAUCGGGAUUUUCCAACAUCAACGACGUUGGGACUAAUGAAAGGUUAACGAUUCUCGUCUAGAAAGCAUCGAUUUUCGCGUGGGCUCGAAUAUCGAAGCGAGCCAGAGGUUAAUCGAUAGUCGCGUAAGCUAAUUAGUAAAUCGGAGAUACGAUUCGUGGUCGAAGCCUCGUCGUUUCCCCAUGUUCACCAGAUUAGGCGGUCCGCGUUUAUUGCGAAAGGCUGCGCUGUCGUCAGGUAUAUUUCGCGCGGUACGCGAACCCCGAAGCGGACCUCCUACGAGUAAUUGUACCCUCGGUGCAAUGACGGAAGUGAAUGCACUCGCCGCUGGCGUCGUGCACUAUCAUUAGGAAUGCCAAUAUCCCGAUCGAGGUGGACGGUGCAUGGAAAAAGUGCACGCUUCCACGAUCAGGAAGGAAAGGGGCGAUCGAUUGUCCAACCACUAUAAAACAAUCAUUUUUCGACGCAUCCUUUCAGUUUUACCGUCGCGUUCUACGAUUGAUUUUUCAUUUUCUAUUUUCCGUUUGUUCGGUCUCGAACGAAACGACUCUUGUCGUUAAACAUGAGGAACGCGGUAUUCGAAUUGUAGCCAACCGAUUCUUGAAAAGCGACGCAGCGAUCGAUGAUCGAGUCGCAAGGUGCGCCGCGUGUGUGGAAUGGACGUUGUACGACCAUUGAAAACGAGUGCCAAUAUAUUUUUGCUGUCGUUGAAGAGAUCGUUAUCGUUACGGACACAAAGGAAACCUAUACAGAAUGAUUUUUCUACUUUCGAGAAGGUUACCGAGAUCCUACCCGGUGCUCGCGCUCCUAGCGACGAACCUGGUGAUUUCGAUGCCCGCGCCUCUCGCUAAGCGCUCGCCCGAGACCGUCUCUAGCGAUGGAACAAACGGAUUUUUCAGCGUUCCAAAGAUUCUGGAGAUCCAGCUCCCGCUGAAGAUUGCGUCGAAGGAUGAUCUAGUGGCCUGGGCCAAGUACGUAAUGGGCUUGAUGGCUUCGAAGAUAAACAUUACGUUGGCUGCGGUGAAGGAAACGCCAAAGAGUUCCGAAAGCGUCGAAAAGUCGGACAACAUAAAACAGUUGAACAACGUUUACUCGGGAUUCAGAGGCGUGGAAAACGUCAAGCAAGACGGGAACAUUCGAGCUUUCGCGAUCGGAAAGAACUUUGAAAAAUCUAGAUACGCGGAGAAUAUUAGAAAUCUCGAGAACUCAAACAAGUUUGAGCACGCUACAAAUUUUGGGACCGUCCGGCCUUUGGAGACGAGUAGAUAUCCCGAAAAGGGCAAAACGACAUCCAGAAUCGGGAAUGUCUCCUCGCCAAAAGAAAAAUUGAUCGCUAUUCAAAACUUGCCAAGUUCGACGACCGCUGGAUUCGACAAUCGAAAGACGUAUUCGACUUUUGCAACGUUCGGCAUCGCAGACACCACCGUCCAUAGUCCUCUGGCGAUAACCGCGAACAUUAACGUUCCAAAGUCGAGAAUCAAGGAACAAGGUUUCAAGGGAAUCUUCGACGUAGCGAAUUCCUUCAAGUUGACGAACGAUCAGCAGUUCGUUCCUCCGUUUCCGGAGCUUGGACCCGCUUUAGAUUUCAAGGGUAACGAUAUCUUUCGAAACGCGAACGCGGUUUCGCCGCCCCCGAGGAACUAUCUUCCCGUGACAACCACCGAUACCAUCAAAUUCCCAAGCGAUCCGUUUGUCACGAGAUACUUUUUUGACGGUGUCGAGAGGAACGUCUCCAGCAACCUUGGCGUUCUUCCUUCGGACCUCCUGUUCACCACCACACUCAGGCCGUCGAUCUUCAACGAAGAAAUUCCAGUGCCGGUAAAGAGCGUGGAUCUAACCACGCAGACCAACUUGUCGAAUUCGUUGAAACCGCUCUUCAGGGUCCCUUUCGAGGCGGUAAUUACGAUCACGCGGGACGAACCCGAUGAACAGACGACAUUAAGAACCGAGAAAGACAUGUACUACGUGUUACCGACCAGAGAUCCACCGGAUCGUUUCCCUCCGUAUUUCGAUACGAAUUACACCGUAACGAAUGAGUCGGGACAGAUCAACGUUGUGUUCGAUGACGGCAGUCAAGUGACCGAAGCCAAGGGCGGAACACGCAAGGAGCAAAGAAAGAAGCAAGAGAAGAAAAAGGACAACUCGAGUAAGCAACAAACCAAGAGUCAGAAAACAACGCCCAAACGACCGUCGACGAUCAGCCGUCUCAUUAAAGCGUUCCUGUCGCUCAGGAGAAAUAACAGUCUUCCCGUGGAUCUGACACCGCCUCCGUUAACACCUCAGACGUUUCAAGCGAACCAAAAGCUCCAGACGCCACAGAGGACGCAAGUUUCCACCGAGCGGCCGUCAUCGUUGAGACAUGGGAAACGUAAUCAGACGACUUUGGCGCAACAAUUGGAGGACGACGACGACAACGACGACGAUAACGAUAGUAGCGAGAAGAAGAGCAACGAAAGCGACGACGACGUCGAAACAAACGGUGGGGACGAAAAUAAUGGAUCGAAGGAGAAUAGCUCCGACGAGAGUGGUGAUUCGAGCGACUACGACGAUGAUGAUGAGGAAGAGGGUGGUGGUUCCGUUCAAGCUGUAAUCGAAUUGUUUCAACUUGCCGCUCCAAUUUUGGAAGAUCUUAGCGACCCUGAGUCUGACGCCGAUAUCGCCGACGUGCUCAAUGGAGCUCUUCCGAUUCUGCAAGAGCUGUCAGAGGGAGACGGAGAGAAUCCAGGCUACGACAUCCCUGGAUUGUUGGUACCGAUCUUGUUGCAGUUUAGCGAAGGCCCAGAUGGGCAGAGAGACUCGGCAGCGAUCUUGACGCCUCUCCUCCAAUUGAGCGCACCGUUGAUCGGUCCUCUCGUCGGUCCUCUACUAGUGCCAUUGAGCCGUCAAAGCAGCAAACCUCCGGGUAACGGUGGAUCCUCUGCUGCGAACUUGAUAAAAACUCUACUGGGACCUUUACUCGAGCCAACUGGACCCGGCAAGAUGAGUCAACUGUCUAAAUUGAUCGCCGGAAUCGUCUCUAAUCUUAGCAAAAUUUCCUCGAACGGCAAAGGGAAAUCCGACAUAACGAGUCUCGUGAAAGCGGUGGUCGCAGGAUCGGUCGCCGGUACCAGCGCAGGAUCCAGUGGUCCAAGAGACUCUUACGGUGCCCCUACGAGCUACGGUGGCGAUUCUGGUGGCGGCAACGGUGGCGGAGGUACUUCUUAUUAUCCUCCUAAUUACCAGUUUCGCGGACCUUGAGAAACAUCGUAUCUUCCCGACUAUGAACAUGAAGAAGCUAUUAAAUAACAAAUAUCCGUGUCAAUCUGUUCUUAUAUUCUGUUAAAUAAGGACAUAUGCAAAUCUAAGACCAUUUCGAAAUUGCUUUUUGUCGCUGUUAACGUUUUUGUGAAACCAGUGGUUGUUCAAGUGAAACAAUACCGUGUGCA